AUGGACGAUCCAUGGGGAGACCCGUGGGCCACGGAUGAUGACAGAAAUGCCGACGCCGCGGCGGCGUCAUCGUCGGCAUUGGCGACGGUGAGCCUCGACAUGUCUGCCGAGCCGCGGCGGGCGCACUUUGCCGCCGAGGGUCUCGGCAAGAACAGCAGCAGCCCGCGGAGGACGGCGUCGGUACCGUGGAGCGCACACAGCGAGAGCGAAGAUGCUUGGGGUGGCUGGGCGGCGCUGGAUAGCCCCGGGUGGGGAACGCCGUCCAAUCUCAGGCCGCUGGGAAGAGACGCCCCUAUGACGCCGGAUCCAUGGCGUGCAUUGGAGAGGCUGAAAGUGGUCGAGGUGGUCGCUGCGGAGCGGGGGGGAGAGAAACGAGACGACGAAUCGGUCAUCCGGUCAGCCCUGGACGAGGAUGAGAUGCCGCGCGAUGGCACGGAUGCGGAUGCGGGGGGCGCGAUGACGCCGGCGUUUGACGAGAAUACGCCAGACAUCUGGGCCGCAGCCGACAGGCCAGACGAAACAGAAGGGACGGCGACUCCAGCGGCGGACGAGAUGGAGCCUUCAGAGGACGCCACGGCGAAGGCUACGGCAGCCGUCGGAAGCGUCGAGAGCGAAGGGCGAGAGAAGCCGAGACAAGCGCCAAAGGUCCAAAAGCUGGUGGAAAUGUUUGAUGGAUUGUCCAAGCAAGAUGCCUCGCCGAGAGACUUGCUUGCGGCGGAAAAAAAGGCAACCCGUCGAGCGAGGGCAUAUCGAGAUGCGCUCGGCGAAGAGCCCAGCAGCACCAUCACCGAGGCCCAGCAGGACGACUUGAGGCAUGCCAUUCUGGAGAGCUUGACGGCGGCUCCGGGUGGGGACGAGCAUGGAACCGACGCGUCGAACGCCGCCGAGACGGCCGCGGUGGCGGACGACGAGACGUGCCAUCGGCCGGUCUUCGAGGCGGCAGUGGACGCCGCCAAGCUGGACGAGCUCUUCCCAUCAACGGCCGGCGGAUCGGUGGAGCCGGAAGCGGUGCCGGAUGUCAUCAUCGACGACUCGUUCAAGGCCAUCUCCGAGCGCAAGGCCUGGUACCGCAUCUCUCGGUUCGGCUCGAUUCGGAAACACGACGCCGGCGACGACGACGAUCACUACGUGCGAGUCGGCUGGGGAGGCUCGUCGGUCCGCGAGCAGACGCUCAACAUUGUUCGCCGCUGGCUAGAGGAGGACUCGAACGGUGCCCGCACCGUGCUCGGCCGAAGGCUCAACUCCAGGAGCGCGAGCAUCUUCAACUGGGAUUCGGACGCUCCGCCGGUGGAAAUCGGCGAGCUGCUGAAAAAGGACAAGACUCCGGACGGGCCUGCACCCCAACCGUCGGGGGCGGGGGGGAGGAGCGACAUUGAAUGCCGCCCGAAAAAGGUGACAUUUUCCUGGAGCGAGAGCAUGCCCACGACGGCAGCCUUGUCGGACUGCAUGUCGUCUGCCACGCCCGAACAGGAGCCUGUCUCGCCGACUACCCACAAGCUCGCCGCCGAUGCCAAGGCUGCGGUCGAGAAGCCGUUGCCGUUGCCGUUGCCGCUGCCAGGUCCACCCAGGGCUGCUGCACCUCAAGCAGCGACAUUGAUGAUUUUCGAUGCCCCAACCACGCACGUCAUCCACGGAAGUGCCGAUGCGGGUGAAGACGACGAUGACUGGGGAGAGAUGGUCUCGUCGCCCACGGCACCGGCGACCUCGAUGGUCAGCAUGACGGGUGCUCCUGUGAGUGGCAAGCCAUCUCCGGAUGGCGCUGCGGAUGUCACCGAGCCAGGUCCGGAUCAGCCUCGUCCCGUCGCCGCACACGAUUCGCCUCCACGGCGGGCAACGUCUCAUGAAGGUGACGGCAAGACGCCGAGCAUCGGUUCAGAUCACAGGCAAGACGGCAGCAUGGAUGGGUUCGAAAGGGACAGCACAAAGCCCUUGCCACCGCCGCCACCUGCGUCGCAGGCACCGACCCAAGAUCGGCCGUUGGCGAAUCCGACGGCGAGCGCCGCAACAGCAACGGCCACGGCAGUCGGCCGGGCGCCAAGGCCAGCCGAGGCUCCCGUACCAUCGGCAGGCGACGAGGAGAUUGUGGCAAGCACCUUGCGCGACCUCCCCGAUCUAUCCUACAUGCUGCGAUGA